GUCAAUCUAAAACAUUCAAACGGCAAAAACUAUUAGUAGUACUACUAUUGGCGUCUGUUAAUGGAUACGAAUCGCUUUUAAUGAAGAAUCCAGAUUAGGGUCCGAGGUGAUACGACUCCGCCCAUGCUGGCCGUCUGUGGCAAUCUGAGCGGGACUGCGACCAUCAAGAUCUUACAACUGCUAGAUGUCUCUUAUGAUAGCAACCCAUUUGACAUCCGCGACGAAAUGGAGCUCAUAACGAGUAACGAUAACAAUGAUGCAGUGAAUCUCUAACGCUAUCUCAAGAACUACGGUGAAAAAUACCUAAGAAUACAUCAUUUUAUCGAUUAGGGUCUCAGGAAUGGUCGUUAAAAUCUGCAUAAAUACCUUGCAAUUACGGAGAGAUCAUCGUGGUGCUGGGCUGAAGGGGUGGGAAGUGCUCGCAAAGGAGAAUAGUAGUCUGCGGAUUCUGACAAACUUAUCGGUUUAUAAAUACCAUAUUGAAAGUUGCUUGAUCGCUACUAUAGAGUGGGAUGCUGUUUACUUGGGUGGAAUUUUAGAUGAAAAAAGUUUUGAUGCGGGGAAAUGGAAUCAAAGCAUCGUUUGUGAUAAUUUUGGCCCCAUUCUUAGAAACAUCACAAGGCCACACGAAUAGUACCAACAAAAUGCUUGUAUUUAAGCGAAUACCCAGUCUGGGCGCGUCUCGUACGUAUAGGGUACCUGUUCCUCUCUUUUCCCCCUACUCAUAUGCAUAUACAUUGAGGCUCUCUUUCAUACUGAGCGUAAUUAUUACAAUCUCAAUAUUUACAUUGUAGACGGAUAACACAUUUGGUUGAGUUCGUUGGUCACCCGUUUACUUGUACGUUCGGAAAAAAUAGGAAAAAU